CUCUUCCAAGAAAUUUUGAUUCUAUUCAAGAAAAAGGAAAAUAAAGAGUGAUAAAAAUCCGAAAAAGAGAUUUACAAUUACAAAUUCAUUAGCUCAGAGUUUCAUUCUCCAAUUCGUUGCAGCAAUCAAAAUGGAAAACGGAGGGAACAGUUUGGAGACGAAAAUCGAGGCGUUGCUGAAUGUGGAGAAACAAAUGAGACAAAUCGGCGACGUGGCAGGAACAAGGAAGGCUGUCACUGAUAUUCUACAGCUAUGCAUCGAUGCCGGCGCGUGGGCGACGCUCAACGAGCAGAUUGUGCUCAUCUCCAAGCGCCGGGGGCAGUUAAAGCAGGCUGUACAAGCAAUGGUCCAUCAAGCUAUGCAAUAUAUUGAUAAAACACCAGAUCUUGAUUCUAAAAUAGAGCUUAUAAAGACACUUAACAGUGUAUCUGCUGGGAAGAUAUACGUUGAGAUAGAGAGGGCUAGGUUGAUCAAGAAGCUUGCAAAGAUCAAGGAAGAACAAGGGCAGAUAGCUGAAGCUGCAGAUUUGAUGCAAGAAAUUGCGGUUGAGACAUUUGGCGCAAUGGCAAAAACUGAAAAAAUAGCUUUCAUUCUCGAGCAAGUCCGUUUGUGUUUAGAUCGCCAGGAUUAUGUGCGCGCACAAAUACUUGCGAGGAAAAUAAGUCCUAGAGUUUUUGAAGCUGAUCCUUCAAAAGAAAAGAAGACCAAAGAAGGGGAGAGUAUUGUUGAAGAGGCUCCUGCUGAUAUUCCAUCAUUGCUGGAGUUAAAGCGCAUAUAUUACCAAUUAAUGAUCCGGUAUUACUCGCACAACAAUGAUUACCUUGAAAUAUGCCGAUGUUACAAAUCAAUAUAUGAGAUUCCAUCCGUGAAAGAGGACCCAGCCCAUUGGAUACCGGUGCUGAGAAAAAUAUGCUGGUAUCUUGUGCUGUCACCUCACGACCCUAUGCAGUCUAGCCUCCUCAACUCAACCCUGGAGGAUAAGAACCUUUCCGAAAUUCCUCAUUUCAGGUUACUAUUGAAGCAGUUGGUUACCAUGGAGGUCAUUAUAUGGACAUCACUAUGGAAUACGUUCAAAGAUGAGUUUGAGAAUGAGAAGAAUAUGCUUGGCGGUUCACUGGGUGAAAAGGCUGCUGAAGAUCUUAGACUUAGAGUGAUAGAACAUAAUAUCCAUGUAGUUUCGAAAUAUUAUUCCCGGGUAACCUUGAAGAGACUGGCAGAUUUAUUAUGCCUCAACCUCCAGGAAGCCGAGAAACAUCUCUCAGACAUGGUUGUCUCCAAAGCGCUAGUAGCAAAGAUCGACAGACCUAUUGGUGUGGUAUGUUUCCAGACAGCCAAGGACAGCAAUGAGAUCCUGAAUUCAUGGUCUACGAACUUGGAGAAGCUGCUCGAGCUCGUAGAGAAAAGUUGCCAUCAAAUUCACAAGGAGACGAUGGUUCACAAAGCUGCACUUAGAGCUUGAAAACUGGCCACCGAAGUGGAGAGGUUCAUUCAUAUUUCCUGAUGCUUUUUGCCCUUCCAGAAGCAGUUUCUACUUUCAUGGCAGGGAACAUAACCGUGGAUGGACCUGCCCUGUCCUUCAUUUGGUUUUGAUAUAACAAGUCCUUCCCGACGCCGUUGAUACUCGGGAGUUGCUCAUUCGUUCAUAGUCAACUAAGAUUUACAUUUAAAUCUCUCAUUACACUUGCACUACUUGUUAUGUGCUCAAAUAGUUCAAACUUGUAAUCCAACUCUGAUCUUGGCUAUGCUUUUUCUUUAACUAGGCUCAUGUUACAUUCUUAUUAUUCCUUUUCUGGGUCCAAUCUAAUUUGAUUGAAAAAUUCAAGCUUUUCAAAA